AGAACUGACUUUAUAACAUAGAGACCGUACAGUAUUAUCAUAUGGGCUUUCACACGGACAAUACAUAAGCGUGGUGCAAUUAGCACAAAAGAAGCGAAUAACAAACUAAUAUUGAAUGAGAUCUUUUGUUCCUACUCUGAUUAUCCAUCGAUGAAUUGACUGGAUCUUCCACGGCAUAUGAAAACAAGAUGCCAAUUCUAUCACUAGGCGCUGGCAUUCAUGCUACACAUUAACUGUAAUGUGAUACCGAGACCCAUUCGGAUGUUUUCUGCGGUAAUGCAAAGGGUUUGAAUGAUCGAGCAUAGAACGAGUACGCAGUGCAGGUGGCGCAUGCCAAAGUCUAGUCUAGAAUAUUCAACAUCUCUGUUUUCUGAUCAGUCAAACGGAACCACAGGAGGACCUUUUAGCGACAAGUCAGUCUGCGGACGCUGUUUCAAGGGCGAAAAUCAGUUCUCAUCUCACGCAAGUUGUGAGCUGACCACUUGCGGCCUGGGUUGAAGAUGAACUUGCUGCUGUUUUCAAAGCUGCUCAUUUUGGGUGCAGUUUGCGCACCAUUCCUAGAAGAAGCAGAAGGAAAUAUUGCAGUCUGUUCUCCCUCGAAUACCAAUAUUGCCAUUGACGCUCAGGUCCCUGGUGAAAUCUCCACGCCAGUAUUCCCGAAUGGCUCUCCUGACGGUUCCUGCAUCUGGAUAAUCCAGGCGCAAGAAAAUUUCCAGCUCGAGAUUACGAUCAACUCGCUGAAACUAAACGGGGAGGAUGACUAUUUGAUGAUCCGUGACGGGGCUGACACCUCAAGUCCUGUGAUUGGCAAGUAUGGUUCGUGUGUGAUUGGCUCUCUUCAGCUGUUCUCCAGCGGAAGCACAGUUCUCCUUCAAACGGUGAUUGCUGUUUUCAGCGUGAAUGACGAGCUUAAAAUUGCGUAUAGGCCGAUUGAUCCUGGCGAAAUUGAAUGCACACCCCAACCAAGUAUCUGUGGCGUGAACAUCGAGCUAAGACGACUAUCAGGAGUGCUAACAAGCCCAAACUUUCCGAACAACUACAACGCUGACGAAACGUGUUUAUGGACAAUCAUAGCCCCUCGAGGGUACCGCGUGCAAUUCGCAAUCCAGUUUCUUGGUAUUGAAGAUCAUCGAUAUUCCCGUCCAGGGAGCUGUGGGGAUGACAGCAUCACCAUCAGCGAGCGUCGUGGAAACAUCACGAAUGAUGUUAAAGUCCUGUGCGGAUGCAAGGAGUUAUAUUCAUUUGCUUCUUUCGAGAAUGAGAUGUUCCUGAGGUUUAGCGCCUACAGAAAAAACAACUGGCCUGGUUUCUAUGCAACGUAUAAAGCUCUCGCUCCUGAAGAAUGCCCUGCAGUUAAAACCAAUUGCCCUCAAGCGAAUACUGGUCCACUUGGUUUCAAUGCUCAAGGGCAAGUCUGUAAAGCUCCGAGUCCAAUUCCCGAGGGCUACGAUGGCGGAAACAUAACACUGGAUUCUGAAGCAAAAAUACAAGUCGAUUGCCGACCUGACUACAUCGAGGUAUCUUUACAGAUUUCAGACUUCCCUGGCCUUGCCAUCAACGACUCUGUCCUUCACCUUGAAGACAAGGCUUGUGUUGCCAGCUAUAAGGACGAGAACAUGAUUAAGUUCACUUUUGGACUUGAAGCCUGCAUGACUAAACAAGAAGACGAUGGCGAGAAGAUUUAUUACACGAACAAGGUUUACCUUAAAGCGGGUCAGCCGGCUGAUGAUGAAGUAAUUACUCGUGUGCACACGGAAAUUAUACCGUUUAAGUGUGGGUACGACAAGAAGGCUGUAAUCUCCAAAGUGUCUUACAGUCCAAGGUCUACGCUUGUCAUUACAGACGCAGACGGAUUUGGGAACUUUACCUAUUUCAUGGACAUGUACGAGGAUGAAAACAACAAUGUCACCCUUACUGAAUUUCCAAAGGCGGUUGGUCUGGGUCAGAGGAUGUACUUUGGUUUCCGAGUGGAGUCUGGUGACUCGGAAUUGGUUGUGUUCCCGGAUGUCUGCAAAGCCACAGCAUCGUCGAGCUUCGAUUCCACUCCCGUCCAUCUUAUCAUUGAAGACGCUUGCUCGCGGGAUAACACCUUGGAAUACCAGUACGAAAAAAAAGCCGAGCAGUUUUUCAAUCUUGCCGCUUUUCGCUUCGAAGAAAGGCACGGUGAUGUGUACAUCCACUGCAAGUUGACGGUUUGCCGCACAGAUGACGCUGGAUCACGAUGCGACAGGGGAUGUGGCGAGAAGAGGAGGAGAAGGAGAUCAACCGAGGAAGAGAUGAGUGCUGAUUUGUAUGUUGGACCUUUAAAGUCCAAGUUCAUGACUGGCAACGAGGAUGCUAAGGAACACAACGAUUCUGGGUCAGAGUCCACCGACAGCAUGGUCAUGAUUGUAGGAGUGGUGGUCGGAGUGCUGGGGACUGUUGCCAUCGGGCUCAUCAUUGCUGUAAUCAUCAUCAGCCAAAGCCGCAAAUCCACAAGAAAGGAAGAAACCCUUAUCAUUUCAGAUGAUUCUUAGAUCUCGCUCAUAGAGCUGGAUCAUCGAGUGAGACGUGAACAAGACGUUGUGGUCUGAAAGAUCACUGUAUCUUAAAUUUUUAAAUUGAAUUGUUUUCAUUUUCCAAGGGAAAACAAAAAACAAAAAAACAAGAAAAAAACAAAUACAUUAAGAAACAGAAUUAAUCUUUAGUUGAUGUAUAGAGAUUUUUAUUUGAGUCUUGUAUAGUGGAAGCAGAUUUUCAGUACCUUAGCAAAUUUACAUUCAAGUCACUUUCACUGAUUCACAAACAUUUUUUCAUUUUUCAUCUCUAUAACAAACAUCUCAGUACCUUUAAAGGUCAUUAAAAAGUAACCUAGGAUGUUGUUUUUUUAAACUUGGUCGACUUGUUCCUUUGGAAGAAAAGGAAUCUACAAUCUUUGUUCUUGCUCAGACCUCUCUAGAAUGAUAAGUUAUGAUACAGCUUGGUAUGGACUGCCUAAAUUGAUUGGGCUGUGUGAAAAGCUACGCGUACGUUUUGGCGAAGAAAUCUUUUUCGGGCAGUAGACUAAACUUUCACUAGUAGAGAGUUUCAUCAACUUAUCGCGAUUAGUAAGGACAGAAUGGAAAUGGAGAACAGGACACUAUACAGUAUUAACCACAAGAAGAAGAACAGUACAGAACGUGGCGUAUUUUACAAUUGACAAACGUGUUGAAUUUCUUCAAGGAAGCAACAUCUUAUUAGCUAAUUUAGUUUAUUUAUCUGGGCCUUCCUUAAAGUUGUCCCAAUAUAGGCUGUGUGAUCAGAGCUAUCACAAAUCCGUACAAACCAAGUCUUUGAGUCACAGCUGUAAAUGUAGCAAUACUUCGUUCAUAUUUCAAACUUCUGAAUAUGAUUUCCAAAUAUCCUUAAAGGAUUCUGGAACGGUAUACUCCGCAAACGUUAUUGUAGAAGGGGUUUAAAUUGAGGAUUUUGGUAUCACUUAGGAUGUUAGAAUAGAACGCCAAUAUUUUUCUCCUUUAACCCAUUGGUUUCUGUGCCGUGACGAGCGUUGGCCUUUGUUCCACUUCUGACGUCAUCACCUUAGACCAAAAUUGGCAUCAUAUAUACUCAAGUUCUGCAGAAGGAAAAGGUCUGACCAAUGAUACGCAGAUCAGAGUGAUCGGCUCAAUGGAGCCUGAGAUAUGCACGAAAAUGCUCAGAAAUUUGAGUGAAAAACUCAGAGCCAAAUUUCCUACGACUGCACUUAGCUACUCCUUGGUAAAAAUUGCCCGUCUCAAUGAUGCUUUCUCAGAAAUUUUUGAACUGGAAGCAAGCUCAGGAGAAGUUCAAUCACUACCGCAAAAAGUGAGAAAAAGAGAAGAAGGAAAGGCGAAAAAAAUUUAAAAGCCUAAAGACGUAGAUUUCUGCGCAUGCCCGAACAGAAAUGUCGUAAAACGCGGUGCUAGUGGAAAGAAAGGCAUGCUAUCAUGUUGGAAAUACCUUUCUAAGUAGAUUGGAGCUAACCUGGCUCACAUCCAGACUAAAAAUCUCCAAGAUGUCCCAAGAAAUGUGUUUGUGUCGAAAAGCGCCAGGAGUCAAUGGGUUAAGAUCUCUUUCAGGGCUGCACCGAUUGGAACAAUAAUAAAGGAACAUUGUCCCCCCACUGUGCUGAUAGUUAAGGCUAAUCUGGCAUGAAAUCUUUCAAAUUUC